AUGGUCGAUGCAUCCUGUGGAGGUAUCUUCCUCACAAAGCAUGAGAAUGAGACUUGGACUCUCUUCGAGACGCUUGCUGAGAAUUCUCAGCAACACAUCGUUGCUGCUCGUAAAACUUCCCAAACUUCUUCUUCCCAUUCUAAGGGAUUUUACAAGUUAGCAGCCGUCUAUGAGCUCGCACCCACUCUGCACACUAUCAUCAAGAAACUUGAUGAGGCCCUUUCCUUAGAACAAUCAUCUCAGCCAGUAGUGUGUGCGGAGUUGUGCGCCAUAUGCUCUGAUCCAUCUCAUACUUGUUACACUUGCCUCGAUGCAGUAGAGAGUGAUCCGGUAUCCAGUAAUUCGACUUACCAUGAACAUGCCCAAGUUGUGACCACCUUUAGAAGUGGCAAGGAGGUAGAGAACAAGGUCGGGGAGAAGUUGGACUCAAGCAAGGGUAAGGAGAAUAUGAGUGUAAAUCCCAUUGUUGAACCAUGUACCCUUUCUUCCUCAAAUUUGGUGAGUGAUCCCAUAAUGCUUGCCUCCUCCUAUGAUUUCAUAUUGCCCCACUAUAUCCUUGUAGUACCAUUUCCUGUAGCUCUUCAAUCAAAUUCUACGUCUAAGAAGGAAGCCAAUGUAGAGUCCAUGAUGGAUAUAUUUAAGCAAGUUAAGAUCAAUCUUGCCCUCUUAGAUGCAAUUAAGCAAGUACCCACUUAUGCUAAAUUCCUCAAGGACCCAUGCACCCAAAAGCACAAAUCUUGGGUGCACAUGAACAAAAGAAUCCUAUUGAUCGAGUAUGUGAGCUCCAUUCUAUUAGGUCACAUUCCCCCAAAGCUUAAGGAUCCCAGCGCUGCCACUAUCUCAUGUGUGAUCGAUAAUUACACCAUCAAUAGGGCCCUCUUGGAUUUGGGAGCGAGUGUGAACCUAGUUCCUUAUUCGGUCUAUCAACAAUUUGGUCUAGGAGAGCUUAAGCCUACCCCGGUCACUUUGAGCUUUGCUAACAGAUCCGUGAAAGUGUGUCGGGAUGUUGUUGAGGAUAUCCUAGUGAAGGUCGAUACGUUCUAUUUCCUAGUCGAAUUCAUUGUCUUAGACAUGGAACCUAUCGGCCCAGCCAAAAAAUAA